AUGGCUGAAAAAUUUUUACAUUAUGUUAAAGACAAAAAGCAUGAACUAGUGUCAACGGUUCAUGAACAUAUUUCAUCGAUGACAGAUACAACAGGAACACUUGCUAAACAAAAACUUUUACAAAAGUUGAUUACAUCUGGUGUUUUAAAAAGUGAACAUAUUCGGCAGGCACUUCAAAUUGGCAUUGGUUAUUUUCUUGAUGAUCAACUUGAUCGGUCUAAGACAUUAAAUGAAUAUACUCAACGAGUCAAAUUUCCAACAUGUGGUAGCAUACUGACACCAUCGCAUAAUUUGCCAGAUUUUGAUAUUGAAGCAUAUGGAAUUGAUUUAUUUUAUAAGCUAAUGAACAUUUAUGAUAUUCAACCAACAACAUUACGGUCACAUAUAUGUCAAGGUGAACUUAGAGAAAUAGUAAAUCCAUCGAGUUCAGGUUCACUUCUCUAUUUAACAUCAGAUGCAUUAUUUCUUAUUAAAACAGUUCGUGAUUAUGAUGCAAAAUUUAUUCAACAAAAAUUUUUAAAUGAAUAUUGUCAAUAUGUAACCAGUACUCCAGCAACAUUUAUCGCAAAAUUAUUUGGUUGUUUUGGUUAUAUACCUUAUCUAUCGCAACAGAAAGGUAUAACAGUGGAUUCAUUUACAUUACGGUUUGCCAUAUUUUCAAAUUUUAUUCCAACGAAUAUUGUAAUUCACGAAAAAUAUGAUUUAAAAGGUUCAUCCUAUAAACGUGAUGCAAGUGCUACAGAAAAACAAAAGACAUCGGCAACAUUUAAAGAUAAUGAUUUUCGUGAUAUACAUCCUGAGGGCUUGACAUUACCAAAAAGUGUUUAUUAUCUUUUAAAAGAUGUUAUUACGCGCGACGUAGAAUUUUUACAAAAACUGAAUGUUAUGGAUUAUUCAUUACUGCUAACUGUUCAUAAUAUGGAUAAUCAAGUGAAGCCAACCCGUAUUGGUACGCUCGAAUCUUUAAUCAGUAAUGCUCGUGAUGCAUUUCUAGUUGGCAUGGCACAACAAGUGGAUCAACUCGAUGAAGAAAAAUCGAAAACGCCAUUAAAAUUUAAAAAUCCAAUGGAAACAUUAGGUGUGGGCCAUAAAGAAAUGUCAACAUUUGAUGCUGAAAAUGCUAAAAAAAUUGGAGGUAUUCCUGCAAUAAAUGAAAAAGGUGAAUGGGUUCUUCUGUUUUUCGGUAUUAUUGAUAUAUUACAAACAUUUGAUAUAUGUAAAGUAAUGCAACGACAAUAUCAAACGGUUGAAAAUCCGGAUGUUGUUGAUGAUCGUUCGAUUGUAGAAACUGAUUUUUAUGCUGAUAGAUUCAAAAAAUUUGUAUUUGAACGUGUUUUUCGUCCAGCUGAAGAUGAACUUUGCACACAUCCUAUGUCAAUGAAUGCAUUUUCUUAG